AUGUCCACCGCUCCAUCUAAGGAGAUACUCCAAUGCUAUUAUUGUGAUUAUAAGGCUAGGAAGGAUAACUUCCGCCUGUAUGAUCACUUCAAUAAGCAUCACCCAGGAAUGCCCGAGAGAUACAAGGCUGAAAAAGGACAGCGCGCCUUAACGGAUAUGUUUCCUAAGAAACGUACCUUCAGUGAAAGGGAAGGGCAGGAAGGAAAUGUCCAUGGCGGGUCACGUGGGUCCCGUGAGCCUGAGGAGCAGCCUCAAGUUGAAAUUCCUCCGCCCGAAGCUUCGACUCUCUAUCAAGUUGCCAGACCGACUCCUAUGCCAGUUCCCAGGCCAACUGUACCGCCAAAAGCCCCUCCAGCGCCAGAAGCUCCGAAUCGUCCUCAAGCGCAGCUUCCUAUCACCGCCUACAACACUGCAGGGUUGGCAAGCUUCAUGGUCUCUCAAUCGGAGAAGUUAGAUCUGCUCACGGCUAAGGUGGCUGAGCUUCUCUCUAGAGAUUCCACUCACCAGCGCGAGAUAGAUUUUCGUAGACGCAUAGGCGGUAUUGGCCCCUUCAAAUUAGACGAAGGUAGCUUGCGUGUCCGCUGCACUAUCUGCGACAUGCAUAAAUGGUCAAUACCGCGCAAUGAGAGACCCGCCAACUUCGACCGUAUCGGUGUAUUCUAUCUGGGUGAUGAGCUCCCGCCUCCAGAACGGCAGAGAGAUAUAGUAACUUCACUGAAGAGGCAUCUCGAGAUCAGCACCCAUACAAGAUCAGUCAGUAUCGGUGAGUCUGGUGUUGCUACGACUAGAAGGAGCGAAGCUUUAGCCGUCGCUCGUACAGCAUACUUUGCUGUAUGCGAAGGUCAUAGUUAUCGCUCGUUCGAAAGGUUGUUGGCUUUACAGGCUGAAAACGGAGUGGGCUUUGGUGAUAAGAAUCAUUCGCGUACUCAUUUCUUACCGGCUUUCAUCAAAGCCAUGGUAAUGGAAAUUAAAGCGAGAAUGAUUUCGGUGUUUAUGGAUGAACAGGCCUGCUUUGGUAUGCGUAGCAGCCCUAUAGCAGCAAGCUGCGACAAGGUUACAGUGCAGCGUCGGACUCUACAAGCUACUUGUGCUAUGGUUCUAGUUCGAGGCCGUGUCGUCGCGUAUUUAUUAUCAGCACCAGUUGCGGCUGAUAAGACCGGCGAUGGACUUACUGAGCUCCUUUUGACUACGCUCUUAGAGUUCGGCUUCGAUGAGGAGCUUUUGCGAAAUAACCUAGUAGCGCUGGCUACAGACGGCGAAUACCAUGGUCUCCGCGUGGGUGGUCGCUUGAGUAAUGCACUGGGGUGCGAAGACGAGCAGCUCUAUCAUUCAUGGUGUAUCGCUCAUCGCAUCGAACUGGCUGUCAACGAUAGCCACAAAGAUGCGACGGAUCUCAGAAGUGUACUCCAUCCGGCUAUGCCAUCGAGGCAUGGAUACGCUUACGAGGAUCUGCGAGAUGAAGCUGCUCGGCUGGGUGUCAAGUUUGCUGCUCCUUUGGCGUUCUCGGCCACACGAUGGGCAUCCAGCGAAGCGAGGGUAUAUCACAACUUUGCCCAGAAUUUUAGGGCCAUUUUGAGCCUUGGAGCAUAUCCACAAGUUUCAAAACUCGACUGGCUCUUCAAAUUUGCCGUCUGUUACGAUGUCAUGAACGCUGUUACCGCCGUGUCCUGCACCGCCCAGACUGUGAACAGACGUCCGUGGCAAGUAAUCGCUGCUGUGCACGGGCUCAGAGAUACUCUGAUUGUUGCGACCGCUGAGUUGGAAGCUCUUCGUGACGCUGUGAAGCAACUUCCAGAUGCUCGGGCAAGCCACAUUGGAGCCCUAAAUUCACGGCAUUUCGACAUUGACGCAUUGCCUACUCUUAGUAGCAUCAACUUUGUUCAGCGUAGUUGGCAAGGUGUGGAGCUACAACCGGUGUCUCCUUGGUUUUUCGAACUUGCUGUUCAGUUCUGUAUUGACUGGAUGAAGCAACUGACGUCGGCUCUCACGAGACGCAUACUACGAGAAGUACCGGUCUGGUUAGAGGCGUGCUGCCAAUGUCUCAGUGGUGAAGCGCUCUUAGGAUCGCAAGAUGAAGGAUGUCUACGGCAGGACGACCGCAACCUCGACCAGUUCGGUCUCAGAGGCGAAUUGAGCAAACUACGCUCUGCUGAGGACUAUUUUGGUGUAGUUGCUGAAUUCGUUAUGAGCUUCAAAACACAGCUCGCCGAGGCUCCGGGCAUCGAUGGACUGAAGGAGCAGUAUGUUGAACUCCGUGAUCGCAUUCGCGCAAAUUUCUUACCCAUCACAGCCGGGGAGAAAGUUGACAUGGAUGCUAUCUGGAGCGAGGUUCAUACACAGGUUCGUUUGUACCGUGGCUGUGAGGAUUGCUUGUAUGCUAUAGCUUGCGUAGCAUUGAAGACUCAUUGUGAGAGUGUUGUUGAGGCUCAAUGCUCAACACUCAACGGGUCUGAUCCUCGCAGACAUCUUGGUCAUAUGGGUCUAGCCGAGGAGGCGCUAUUGGUCUGGAGUAGUAUGGGUAUUGCAGCCACGAACGUGGAUAACUUUCUUGCUGCAUCCUUGGAAAGGAUGCCUGAAUCUUUCAGCGGAUUCAGGCGCCAACGGACUUCUAAGUUCUCGCAGAAGAAAGUGGUUCACUCGACGGUGAUCGAUAGAGUCCUAAAGACCUGUCCACACCCUGAGCUCUCCGGGCCACGCGAUUUUCAUCGCCCUCGGCUCGCGGGCUUCCGCACUGGUGCUGCAAAUGUUAGAGCUGCUCCUGCUGAUAAUGCUAUUGAGGAGGAGAAGCUUCCGGAUUCUGAAGGUUCAUCGUCUGAGUCUUCAUCCCUUUGA